AUGGAGAGGCUACUCAGGGAUCGGGAUGAAAUCCUGGAACAAAUAGGCCUGAAGCUAAAUUCUCUUACCGGAGGAGAUGAGGUCACCAUGGUCACCUGGGAAGACCUGGAGCAAGCUAUCACUGAUGGCUGGAAGACUUCGCAAAUGGGCUCAGAACCAUCCGCAGAUUCUAGUAAGCGCAUGGAUAGUUCUGCUGGACUCCCUGGCAAGGGCACAAGUGCUGACCAGGCCGCAGGUGCUGCUGGUGCCCCGCAUGGCCCCCCUGAAAAAACUCCGAGCAAACAAUUGGGCAAACCUUCCUCUACUGCACUUCCUGGCAGAGAACAACCGCGGGCCCAAGAGGAAGCUGGUGGUCCAAAACCCCAGCCUCCUGCAUCCCAGGCUGAUCGUCGCAAGGCUCGAGAACCAUCCUCUGCCACACGUUUAAGACGAGAUGAACGAGAUGCAGGUCCUGGCCAGAGUCAACAGGACUUAUCCUCAGCCAGCCAGCAGCAGCCUUAUGCACAACCAGACCAGCAAGCGGGGGUGCCCAUUGGUCCGGGUCAAGUCUACCAAAGGCCAGAUCAGCCCAGAUUAGGGUUACCUACCAUGGGUCAGCUGGUAAGGCCACGUGCUGGUGUCGUCCGCCCACAACGUGUGCCACCCCAAACUCUGGGUCACCCUGGUAUGCAAGCACCUCGAAUGGGUGCUCAGGGAUUGGUUACACCUGGCAUGGAUCAGAUUGGCAUGAUGCCAUCAAUGGUACCUGGCAGAGAUCAACAAGGCUUGCAGCUUCCUGGUACAGACCAGUUUGAUAUGGCUUCCUUUGGUACAUAUCAACCUGGUGUGAUAUAUCCUGACAUGGACCAACAAGCUGCCAUGCUGGAAAGUGGGAUGGGAGUGCCCGGAAUGGACCAGUCUGGGUUAAUACCAAUUGGCAUUGAUCAGAAUGGAUUUGUAAUAUAUGGCACCACUGAGCAAGGACUGGUCCCCCCUGGCAUAGAUCAAUAUGGACGGCCUCUACCUCCUACAGAUCAGUAUGCUUUUAUGCCACCUGGCUUGAUGCCCAUUGGUGUGGACAAACAAGGUUUUAUACAGCCCAGUUUGGGAGCCUCUGGCUUUAUACAGCCUGGCAGGGUAUAUAAAGAGCAGGGUGAGUUUGUGCAGGCUGGUGAAGAUCAAGGUGGUUUGGUACAGCCUGGCACAGACCAGCAAGGUCCUGUACCUCCUGGUGCAGGUCAGCCUGGCUUGGUCCAACCUGGUGCAUAUCCACCUCGUUUAGCACAAGUUGGUCCAGAUCAGGGUGGUUUAGUGCAGCUUGGGGCAGAUCAACAAGGUUUAGUGCAGCCUGGCACAGGUCAGCCAGGCUUGAUGCCACCUGGUGCUGUUCCACGUGGUGUGGUCCAGCCUGGUGCAGUUCCUUAUGGUUUGGCACAGCCUGGUGCAGCUCAGCAUGGUUUGGCACAGCCUGGCACAGGUCAGCCUGGGUUGAUGCCACCUGGUGUAUACCCACCUGACUUGGUACAGCCUGGUGCAGUUCCGUAUGGUGCAGUUCCACAUGGUUUGGUGCAGCCUGGUGCAGUUUCACAUGGUUUGGUGCAGCCUGGUGCACAGCAGUUUGGUGUGGUACAGCCUGGUACAGUUCCACAUGGUUUGGUGCAGCCUGGUGCAGUCCCACGUGGUCCAGUGCAGCCCGGUGCAGAGCAGCUUGGUGUAGGGCAGCCUGGUGCAGAACAGCUUGGUUUGGUGCAGCCUGGUGCAGUUCCACAUGGCCUGGUGCAGCCUGGUGCAGAGCAGCUUGGCAUGGGGCAGCCUGGAGCAGAGCAGCUUGGUUUGGUGCAGCCCGGUGCAGAGCAGCUUGGUGUGGGGCAGCCUGGUGGAGAACAGCUUGGCGUGGGGCAGCCUGGUGCAGUUCUGCAUGGUCUGGUGCAGCCUGGUGCAGGUCCACGUGGUAUGGUACAGCCUGGUGCAGGUCCACGUGGUAUGGUGCAACCUGGUGCAGGUCCACGUGGUAUGGUACAGCCUGGUGUAGAUCCACGUGGUCUGGUGCAGCCCGGUGCAGAGCAGCUUGGCAUGGGGCAGCCUGGAGCAGAGCAGCUUGGCUUGGGUUUUGUGCAGCCCGGGGCCGUUCCACGGGGUUUGGUGCAGCCCGGGGCAGUUCCGCAGGGUUUGGUGCAGCCCGGUGCAGUUCCGCGGGGUUUGGUGCAGCCCCAUGCAACUGGUGCAGAUCAGCAAGGUUUGGUACAACCUGGUACAGUUCAGCGUGGUUUGGUACAGCCCGGUGCAGGUCAGCAAGGUUUGGUACAACCUGGUACAGUUCAGCGUGGUUUGGUACAGCCCGGUGCAGGUCAGCAAGGUUUGGUACAACCUGGUACAGUUCAGCGUGGUUUGGUACAGCCCGGUGCAGGUCAGCAAGGUUUGGUACAACCUGGUACAGUUCAGCGUGGUUUGGUACAGCCCGGUGUAGGUCAGCAAGGUUUGGUACAACCUGGUAUAGAUCAGGCUGGAUUUGUCUACCCUGAAAUGGAUCAGUAUGGUCUGUCUCAACCUGGGGCAGUUCCUAGUGGCUUGGUGCAACCAGAUGCAUAUUCACCUGAAAUGAUGCAGCCUGGAGUGUAUCCACCUGGUUUGGUAUAUCCUGCUCGGCCUGGUAUGGUGCCACCUGGUGCAGCUCGGCCUGGUAUGCUGCCACCUGGUGUAGCUCGGCCUGGUAUGGUGCCACCUGGUGCAGCUUGGCCUGGUAUGGUGCCACCUGGUGUAGCUCGGCCUGGUAUGGUGCCACCUGGUGCAGCUCGGCCUGGUAUGCUGCCACCUGGUGUAGCUCGGCCUGGUAUGGUGCCACCUGGUGUAGCUCGGCCUGGUAUGCUGCCACCUGGUGUAGCUCGGCCUGGUAUGCUCAGCCUGGUAUGCUGCCACUUGAUGCAGCUCAGCCUGGUAUGCUGCCACCUGAUGCAGCUCAGCCUGGUUUGGUGCCACCUGAUGCAGCUCAGCCUGGUUUGGUGCCACCUGGUACAGCUUGGCCUGGUUUGGUACCACCUGGUGCAAUCCAGCCUGGUUUGGUGCCAGUUAUGUAUCCUCAUGGUAUGGUACCACCUGGUCCAGAUCAGCAUGGUUUGGUGCAACCAGGUAUGUAUCCAUAUGGUAUGGUACCACCUGGUGCAGCUCAGCCUGGUAUGGUCCCACCUGGUGCAGCUCGGCGUGGUUUGGUGCGACAAGGUAUAUAUCCACAUGGUUUGGUACCACCUGGUGAAGCUCAGCCUGGUACGGUACCACCUGGUGCAGUUCAGCGUGGUUUGGUGCCACCAGGCAUGUAUCCACGUGGAAUGCUACCGCCUGGUGCAGCUCAGCGUGGUUUGGUGCCACCUGGUGCAGCUCAGCCUGGCACAUACGCCUCCUUUGUCCCCAUACGGUGCAUAUCCACCAGCUUUCACACAGACUGGUCAGCAAGCCCAAGCUGGACUUCCAUACUGGAUGAUCCCCAGCCCAGAGGCCACCACCUUCAGGAGUCGGGACUCACUUAGCUAUCUCCAGCGACGCUCGUCAGAAAGGAUGGAAGGCCGCAGUGACCGCCAGGAAUCACUGGACAAGCUAGCUCCUUCCUUCCCCAUGGCAGUGGAGACAUUUCGUCUCUUGGGAGAACUCAUUAGCCUCUAUUCAGAGUUGAAGGAAAAUAUGAAGGAUCUGAAGGAAGAAGCUGGCCUAUCAGAAAUGGAGAAGCUCCAGCUCAUGAUCAAUAUGAUGGUCAAAAAGUCACUACCGGAUGACCUUCAGGACCAGCUGAAGAACAUAAAGACCUUGGCCAAAGAAGUUCGACAAGAUAGGAUAAGACUGGACAAGCUGCAGAGGUUUAUGAAAGGCGACGGCAUGGCGGAUGGAACAAAGGAGGUGAAGACAGGCCAGCUAGGCUUGCAGCUGGGCAUUCUCAGAGUCACUGUGAGUGACAUUGAGAAGGAGCUGGCUGAGCUGAGAGAGAGCCAAGAUCGAGGGAAGGCCAUCAUGGAGAAUUCGGUCUCAGAAGCUUCCCUUUACCUGCAGGAGCAGUUAGACAAACUGAGGACAAUCAUCGAGAGCAUGCUGGCCUCCUCCUCCACGCUGCUGUCCAUGAGCAUAACCCCGGAGAAGCCCCACAUCCCCAUGAUGCCUGGCCACAUGAACCUGGAGGCCACGUGCCCGGCCUGCAGCCUGGACGUGAGCCACCAGGUCAGCCUGCUGGUGCAGCGCUACGAGCAGCUGCAGGACAUGGUGAACAGCCUGGCCGCCUCCCGGCCCUCCAAGAAGGCCAAACUUCAGAGCCAGGACGAGGAGCUGCUGGGCCAUGUGCAGAGCGCCAUCCUGCAAGUGCAGGGUGACUGCGAGAAGCUCAACAUCACCACCAGCAACCUCAUCGAGGACCAUCGGCAGAAACAGAAGGAGAUUGACGAGCUGUAUCAGGGCAUUCAGAAGCUGGAGAGAGAAAAGGCCAACAGGGAAAGCCUAGAGAUGGAGAUCGAUGUUAAAGCUGACAAGAGUGCCCUGGCCUCCAAAGUGAGCCGUAUCCAGUUCGAUGCCACCACGGAGCAGCUAAACCACAUGAUGCAGGAACUGGUGGCCAAGAUGAGUGGCAAGGAGCAGGACUGGCAGCGGAUGCUGGACAAGCUCCUUGCUGAGAUGGACAACAAACUGGACCGCCUGGAGCUGGACCCAGUGAAGCAAUCCCUGGAGGACCGGUGGAAAUCUCUGCGGCAGCAGCUCCGUGAGCGCCCUCCACUCUAUCAGUCAGAUGAGGCAGCCAUCAUGCGGAGGCAGCUCCUGGCUCAUUUCCACUGCCUCUCCUGUGACCGUCCCUUGGAAACACCUGUGACUGGACAAACCAUUCCUGUGACUCCUGUGGGUCCAAGCCUGCCCAGACACCGAUCCCUCCGCCCCUAUACAGUGUAUGAGCUGGAGCAGAUCCGCCAGCAGAGUCGCAACCUCAAAUUGGGCGCCCCCUUCGCCCGGGGUGACCAGAUGGACCGGAGUGUGGGGCGCCUGCGUACCAUGCACUCCAAGAUGCUGAUGGACAUCGAGAAGGUGCAGAUCCACUUCGGAGGGUCCGUGAAGGCCAGCAGCCAGAUGAUCCGCGAGCUGAUGCAGGCCCGGUGCCUCAACCGCCCCUGCUACAAACGGGUGCCAGAUGCGGACUACACCUAUUCAACCAUACCCAGGCGCUGUGGGGGCAGCCACACGAUCACCUCCCCGUACCGGCGCAGCCGCCUGCAGCACCUGCAGGGCCUGAUUCCCCAUGAGGACAUCCAGAUUGCCAUGAAGCAUGACGAGGUAGACAUCUUGGGCCUGGAUGGACAUAUCUACAAAGGACGGAUGGACAUGAAGCUGCCUGACAUCCUGACCAAAGACAAUAUCUCGGGGAUGACGAAGCACAGGUCCAGGCUGUCCCGGGCCCACAUCUCCAGGCAGCCGUCCCUCGGCAGCAAUGGCCAGCUGUUCUCUCGGCCUCACAGCGCUCAGAUGUCCCCUGACAACUCAGGUAGGAAGCUUCCUGCUGGAUGGAUUGUCUUCCUGCCUCACCAGUCUUCUUUGAAGCAACAGGAAGAAGCCUCCGAGGGGCGUUCCUCCCAGGGGGGCUUCCGGGAGACAGAAAGCCUGCCUGCAAGUUUAGGCAAGCCUCCCGGGGACGAAGAAGAGGAUGAGGAGCCCACCCGGGGGCCCAGGUCAUCUGCCCGGACUCUGUGA